UGAUAACUUCGACAACCCCAUGGACUAUAUGCACCACUGGCCUGUAAAGAAGGGGCCAUGUUGCUCUACCGCAAGCAGGCGAAUCGCGAUGGACGCAUUAGGGAUUGUGGUAUAGGUCCAACUUAAACACUAAUGUGAAAACCGAAAACACAGAUGUUCCACGAUUUAGACAGGCAAACAAGGUAUUCAGAUUUUGUUAUCCUCUGAGGUAAAGUGAUAAUUUCAUACUAAAACAAAAAGCAGAAGGUCGUGUCUGUGGUUAGACGAGACUCUCUGUUAGUCUUUAGAGAAACAUACUUGAAAUGAAAAAGUCUCAAUUUUUUUCUCCAAAACUAAAAAGCUUCUAUCUGAGAACAAUAACUCUCCUGACUACUAGAAGCCCAUUCAGGCCAAAAAUUAUUAUUUUUCUUUAUUUUAUGAAACAUUAUACAGACAGACUUGACGAUCUAAAGUCCGUUGUCAAAGUGCUUAGUUGAACUAAAUGUUUCCAAUUACGCAUCAAAGGGCUGCUUUUCCCAAUUUAAUGUGGUUGACAAAGAAAAUGUAACACUUUAUGGUUAUCACGUAUUUCUUUAUGUUUUGAGGUAAUAUAUGCCACGCUAGCCCCCACCCAACUAUUUAGCCGUUUAACUAAAUUCCCAGUCAGCAAUCUGAAAAUAUCUGCGACUGAUGAUGUCAAGAGACAUGGACGUGCGGGCCACAGCAUGGUGGAUUGUUAUUUGGUGAGUGCAUGUUAUUGGGGAGCACCAAUGAACGAGCAGCUGCAGCUCCCACGUGACCGCCCCCUCUCCUCUCCCAUUCAUCAGGGCUGGACUGUGUUGUCUUUUCAAUUCAUUUAUCUGCAGGAAUGAUUGCGACUAUCAGUCUAGAGCUCACCGUCUGACUGAGGAGGUGAAAGUAGCGCCACAGGAAGAUAAACCGCAAAAAGACAAUAUUACAUGUAGUAAAUACAUGGUUUUUGCGUAUGCAUCGGAUGAGCGGUGCAGGGGAAUUCCUUCCGUCGUGAACGAAAAAAAAAAGUAAACAGAAUUCGUUGGAUUCGAGUUCAGAAGAGAUAAGCUGCAGAGAGAGAGGAGGAGGAAGAAUAUCUGCGCGUGUUUUCUUUGAGUUCUGCGCUCAGUCGUCUCGAAGAGUCAAGACUGAAGAUGCUCUUGGACGCAGGACCGCAGUAUCCCACCAUAGGAGUCACUACUUUCGGCUCCUCUCGGCAUCACUCAACAGGAGAGGUGGCGGAGCGGGAAGUGGCGCUGGGGAUCAACCCUUUCGCGGACGGCAUGGGCGCCUUCAAGAUCAACCACAGCUCCCACGACAUCAGCUCCGGGCAGACAGCGUUCUCAUCCCAGGCUCCCGGCUAUGCAGCGGCGGCCGCCCUGGGACACCACCAUCACCCGACCCACGUCGGUUCCUACUCCACGGCGGCGUUCAACUCCACCAGAGACUUUCUCUUCAGAAAUCGGGGUUUCGGGGACGCGGCUGGGGCGCAGCACAGCCUGUUUGCCUCCGGCAGCUUCGGGGGGCCGCACGGACAUUCGGACGCGGCGGGGCACCUACUCUUCCCAGGGCUCCACGAGCAGGCGGCGAGCCACGCGUCCUCCAACGUGGUGAACAGCCAGAUGCGACUGGGCUUCUCAGGGGACGUGUACGGCCGGGCUGAUCAGUAUGGGCAUGUCACGAGCCCGCGUUCCGAUCACUACGCAUCCACACAGCUACACGGCUACGGCCCCAUGAACAUGAAUAUGGCUGCGCACCACGGAGCGGGGGCCUUUUUCCGCUACAUGAGGCAGCCCAUCAAGCAGGAGCUCAUCUGCAAGUGGAUCGAGCCGGAGCAGUUGACAAACCCCAAAAAGUCGUGUAACAAAACUUUCAGCACCAUGCACGAGCUGGUGACUCACCUGACAGUGGAGCACGUGGGGGGGCCUGAACAGACGAACCAUAUCUGCUUUUGGGAGGACUGCUCCAGAGAAGGGAAGCCCUUUAAAGCCAAAUACAAACUUGUAAAUCACAUCAGAGUGCACACCGGAGAAAAGCCCUUUCCGUGUCCGUUUCCCGGCUGCGGCAAAGUGUUUGCACGAUCGGAAAAUCUAAAAAUUCACAAAAGGACUCAUACCGGUGAGAAGCCUUUUAAGUGCGAGUUCGACGGCUGCGACAGGAGGUUCGCAAACAGCAGUGACCGCAAGAAACACAUGCACGUCCACACAUCGGACAAGCCAUAUCUGUGCAAAAUGUGCGACAAGUCGUAUACGCAUCCCAGCUCCCUCCGAAAACACAUGAAGGUCCACGAAUCCACCAACCCUGGAUCGCAGCCUUCCCCAGCUGCCAGUUCAGGGUACGAGUCCUCCACGCCUCCCACCAUCGUGUCACCGUCCACAGAGAACCAGAGCAGCAGCUCCAUAUCACCAGCAGCUUCAGCAGUCCACCACACAACCAGCCACAGCACGCUGUCGUCAAAUUUCAAUGAAUGGUACGUGUAAAUAUUUUUGAAAAACGCACAAAAGACAAUGGGAAAUUUAUGAAGACAUGAGGAAAAAAAACAAAUAAACUUUUUCGACCUUUCUAAAUCAGAAAGAUGGACUAAGAAAAAAAGCAGGGGAGGUGAAGUUAAAGACUGUCAUCAUGCAUGGACAGAAACACGGUCAGCUCCUCCUUUUACUGAGAGACUGUACAGAAGCAGAUCUCAAAAGAAAAAGCAUGCUAUCUCCGAGUAGAGGCCUGAUUUUUUUCCCUUUUCGUUUUGCUUUUUUGUAAAUAUGGAUUUCACCAAACUGGAACCUACAGCAAGAAAGAAAAAAAAAGGAAAUGUAAUAUUUUAUUUUGUAAAUAUCACAGUUUUAAGCGGGGGAAUUUGUGAAAAAUGUAAUGGUCCCUUAGAUAUAUGAGGAUGGCCUCUAAGGUUACUGUGGGGGACAAGAAUGUUUAGUUGUGUACCAAAAUGUGAAUUAUUCAGUAUUACUACAGUCUACACGUCGACCUAACCGACUCUUAGUAUUAAUGUCUUUUUGUAGCCUAUCCAGUGCAGCAUAUUUUUAUUUUUUUUAUUUUUUUCUUAAUUUUCGUCCAAUUAAGGUCCAGUUUGAGUAGCACAGAGUAUCAUUGUUGUUAUUUAAUGUCAUGUCGAUGAAUCGUGUAGUGAAAAGAAGAAAAAAAAAAUCCGUGUCAAUCUGUUUAUGUACGUGCUAAAUAUAUAUAUAAAAAUCUGUCAAUUGCUCUGUCUGAGAGGAAGUAUUAUUCCAUGUAAAGUAUGGAUUUUUCCAUAUUUAUCCGCAUGUAAAAGGGCCGGUAACAUGUUACAGUAUGAUCGGUAUUUAUGGAGAAAUGCGCUCGUACAGUAUGUCAAAUUUUAGUUUACAAUAAUAAUAUUAAUAAUAAUAAUGAAAAAAAUGUUUGGAUACAUUUCGUACUAUAUUAAAGGACUGUAAAAAUACAGAACAUGCAUUUCAUUGGAGGUUAUUGGGGGUUGAUUUUUAAAUUACACUGAAAAAAAGUACCAAAUUAGAUAUUCUAUGUAAAGUAAUUUAUUUACGUGAAUAAUUCUAAAGCAGAUAAGUUAAAGUCUUCAUUAUAAUGACGUGUGUGUGUGCGUAUGUGUGGGCGUUUGCGCGCGUGUCUGUGUGUGUGUGUGAGAGAGAGAGAGAAAGAGAGAGACCGAGGGAGACAGAGAGAGAGAGUAAUGGAGAGAUGGCGAGGGUGUGUGUGAGGUGUGGUGUGUGUGUGUGUGUUAGAACUUUCCUGACACUCGAUAAUAACUACUAAAUUCACUUCCCCCCUCUUUCUCUCUUUCUGCUGCUUCUGGAUCUUCUGUUUAUCCAAAAUUAACAUCCACCGCUCUGCCCUCCAGUAAUGCGCAAAUUAAAUCGAUUAAUCACGGCUGUUGUUCCUCGGUGGAUAAAACCGGAGUAAGCUAUUUUGCGUUACUUAAUUGUUCGGGAAUCUAAUUUUCAAAUCUAAUUUAUUUUCUUUUUCCUUUUUCUUCUUGCGUUUUUUUUUUUCCGGAUUUCCUAUCCUAGAUUAAGAUAAAAAAGAAAGAGAGAGAGAGAGAGAGACAGAGAGCGAUAGAGACAGAAAGAGAGAAAGAGAAACAGAGAGAGUAAGAGAGAGGGAAAGAGGGAGAGCCUAGGAGUCAACGUGGGACCCCUCCUCCCCUUCUCCACUCAUCCCUCCUUUUUCCACACACACUUCAUUGUUCCUGGCUGCAGCUUGCUUGACCGCCCCAUUAGGCAGAGAUCACAUCAGCAGCCGCCACUGAUCAUGGUUAACACUGCCAGGGCGCACGGAUCCGCCGCGAUCUGUCAGUCUGCAGACACAUGCAGCCGAAAUAAAAAUGUAAACCCUAAAAAAAAAAAGAAGAGAAAAGAAAAGAACAACUCAAAACGCUGCAACACAAAGCAGCAAAGCAAGCUUCAUAUGAGAUGAUUAUGCUGGAAAUGUAUUGAAAUGUAUUCAUAUUUUCUUUUCACGGACUAUUACACGGGAAGAUAAAUGAAGGAUGGCAAUAAAAUGACUUUUUUUCGACUCUAUUUAACACUAUCUAUCUAUCUGGACUCAGUGCAGAUGCACCAAUGAGGCACCGCGACAGGGGGAAAAUUCGCACUUCGCUGGCCGAGGAAAUCACUUAGCAGCUUUAUAGAUUAAAACAAAACCAAAAAAAAAAAAAUCUAUGUGGACGCGUACAUUUCGUUUACAACUAUGACCGACUUUCAGAUAAAACGGCUUUGUUUGUCAUUGAAAUCCAGCUCCGUUGCCAUCAUUUACGAAAGGGAAGCGCUGGAGCGUUAAAGACUUCCCAAGAUGUUAGGAGUUUUUAUAUGAAUUCCUGCUCAGCCCCUGCUGCACAUAGCUGCAGAUUUGAGUUGAUUGUUCUUCUUUAAUUGUGUGCAGAACUUCACAGUCAACAACAGGCAUGCAAAGGAGGUGCUAGACGCAACUGGGGCAUAAUGUCGGAAUAUAAAUAAUUUCAAAUUUCACUUUUUUACUUAAAUACUUAUUUGUACUCCAAUAGUUUGUUAUCAAUUUGGAAUUAAAAAUAAGCAGAAGAGAACAACUUUUAAGGCAGGAGAAACGCAAUUUUUCUGACUAAAAUACAUGGUCUAAAUAACAAGUUUCAAGUCAUCUUCAGCAUGAGACGAUCUUUUUUUCUGGAACCACAAGCUCAUGUUUCAAAAAUGAGCUGAAACAUUUUUGUUACAUUCUAAACUGUGCGAUGCCGUCAACAACCAUCCAAUAAGUUUCGUGCUGAAUAACUAAAUAAUAGUGGUACCACUACAAAACGGUUUUAACCAUAAAAUGAAGCAACAAUAAUUUGCAGACUUACCUUUGAACAGAACACAAUUUAAAACAAUUAAUGGACGUUAUGGUACAGGUUUGUUGUACACCUUCCUGAAUUUAAUACAUUAAGAAUGUGUGUCUUUUUUUGUAAGAAUAAUAAUAAUAAAAAAUGUUGAUCAAUGAAGAGUAUUCCACUAUACUCAAGAAUAAUAUCCCGUCUUGGUUCAGGGUCCAGUCCUCUUAUUUUUCCUGGUUGGUCAAUGUUAUUCCAGUGAAUCACAUUGUUUUUAGAAGGCGUUUCAUAUCUGUAAGGCAAUAUCAGUGGGUUUAUUGCGAAAACCAUAAAUUAUUGCCAUUGUUCUAACAGUAAAUUAAAAACUACAAUUUUCUUGUUAAAUCAGCAGAAAUGUUGUACAGUGUAACUUGCUGCUCCUGUGUUCAAACAUGGACAAGCAAAAUUUCUACGAUUUUUGGAAAGUUUUAGAGUGCAUUUUUAUUAUUAUUACAUGUAGCUUCACGAAUCACUCUCACCUGCACAAACAGCACUGAGCACAAUUUAGUUUAUUAUUAUUAUUAUUAUUAUUAUUAUUAUUAUUAUUAUUAUUAUUAUUAUUAUUAUUAUUAUUAUUAUUAUUAUUAUUAUUAUUAUUAUUAUUAUUAUUAUUAUCCAAUAUUUAGGAUAUUUAGGCAAUUUAUUUUAUUCAAUGUUCACACAUUUUUCUUGGAUAUCGGAUCGGGGAGUUUUAUGAAGUGCACGAACCCUAGUAAAAAAAAAUGCUUCGUAACUCCUAUGGUCUUGCCUGCCAGUUCGACUUACAGAAAAAAAAUCCGGUCUUUGAACGUCCUACUUAAUUUCUAUUUAAUUUCAGACAGGUUUUACACUGUGAACCUAUACACUGCAAGCAAUCACAUCCAUAAUAAAUAAAUAAAUAAAUAAACAAAAAUAAAAAGCUCGUAAAAAAUGUGUUGACGACAAGUUGCUCAAAUAGUAUGGCGGGGUAGGAGACGGGCAGGGGGGACACGGGGCAUCCAAAACAUCUACUUCAGAUAUAUUUACACGCACGUCUGGAAAUGACAACCGUUCCAGAUAUCUGAGAAGGCGCAAGUGCCACCGUCAUGAAUAUUUAUCAGCAGCACUUCACUUGUGGCCAGCAAACCGAGCCUGAAGAAGUGUGUGUGCUAGCAAUGGUACAGGCGCAGUCUGCAGCUUAUCUGCGCAUCAGAAAGCUGCUGCUCACACAUUUAGAGGCAGAAUUGUCUGUUUGACAACAAACAACAGUCGGUGCAUGGGUGCAGACUGUCGCGGCACGUUUGGAAAGAAAAGGAAACAUGAGGAGAUUUGUUUCUCGUGCUUUCUUAGGUUCUGAUUUCAGAGGGAAGUGUUUUUUUCUCUUUGCAGACAUUUAUUUUAAACACAUGCAAUAAUAUUUUGCAGAUAAUUUCAGGCUUAAGACUAUUUUUUUCUUAAAAAAAAAAAAAAACAAAUUGUGGAGGUGGGGGUGUAGGGGGGGGUGUCUAACUGUAAUUACUACACCCUUAUUACUGAGCAGAACCAAAUCAAUAAAUUCGACAUUUGCACUUGGAUUUGUUUUUUUAUUUGUUUGUUUGUUUAUUUCAUUAUUUUUAUUUUUCAUUGUUUUUUGCAAAAAAUAAUUAAUUUAGGGAGUAAAAGAAACGUCGCUAUCCAUUUACUGUAUCUGUCUGGAGAUCCAGACAGAAAAGGUCAAAUUCAAGUCAAGGGCACUUUAGUGCACUUUAUUAGUUUGCAGGCAUUUAUAAAACCGUCACUUUUAUACAGUUUCAGCCAUAAAGCGAAUCAAUCGAAAAAAGAUACUUACAACAAAAAUCCAAAUGGUGUCAGGAAUUAAUAUUCGAUAGUCGUUUAUCUCUUCUAUAUUUCCCAUUAUUAUUCUACAAUUGACUUAAAAAAAAAAAAAAAAAACUAUUCGCAUAUCGAAAAAGAGUUCAAGUAAUUAAAUUCUAUUUAGCAUUUUAAACCAGGAUAGUCAUUUCAUAAGUUUCACUGCAUAACUGGUAUUAACCCUUAAAGGACUGUACUGAAAAUUAAUUUUAUAUAAUUUCAUUAGCUUUCCUGAGCAUUUGUUUCCCCUUGUGUUGUCAAAACGUUCUCCACCCCAUCAUCUUCAUGUGUGCAGAUGUUAACUUCUAGGGCUGAGCAAAGGCAUGAAAGAUUAUUUGAAGCAAUAGUUGAGAAACUGGUGCCUUGUAUUGUAUCUAGGAUUUGUUUCUUUAUUCUCAUUGUUAUUACUCUAUUAUUCUUAAUUAUUAUUAUUAUUUACUUAUUUAGCCAUGUCACAGCUUGGGACAUUAAUCUCCGCUUUGCUGCCGCGAUACCAGGGAUUUGGGGAAGAGAGGAGGUUCGUUAGAGUGAAACAUAGGCUCACGGUGACCCCCUUCGCAUCAGUUGUGAAGUCUGACACGCCAUUAAAGUUGAGAGUGCGCGGGAGAUUUGUGGAGGCACUGACACGGUGUCCUCGUGACGCGUCUCCAUUUUUUUUUUAUUGACUCGUUGCUAAAUGAGGCCACUCCAAUUAGCGUUCUGCGGCAGCGUGAGACCGCUGCGUACCUCUGAAGUCUCACGGAAAACAAACACGCAUGUUCAUACGUUGCUUUCUCUGGAUAAACAUAGAAAAAGGAAAACCGUCGGAACGGACUUCAAUGUGGAGGAUACAUGUAAUAUGACUCUGCUAUACCGCUCUAUUCGUCAGAUUCUGGCUCAUUUCAGAUUUUCUUUUUUCUUUCCUAGUUAAUCUUAUCUAAAUUCCCAAUAAACCUAUAUCAUUUUUUACAUGUCGUCAGCCGUUUUAAAUAUUGACCAAAUACCAAUUUUAAUCCAGACGUCUACUUAAUGCUUGGACAUUGUUAAACAAAUAACAUGUAACACGUUGAACGAAGAUAAUGUUCAAUAUUUUUGUUUAGAACAAUUAUGAUCAGGAAAAGUGGGAUCAUUGGCUAAAGAUAUCGUUGGACACAUGCCACAGUUUUAGAGCAAAAAAAUAUAUUUUCCAAACAUUAAGCUCCAUUUAAGAGCUAAACCAAACUCCACAUAUUAAUUUCCACCACAUGUUGGUGGUGUAGGUGGAAAGCUCAUGUCCUGGCAGUAUUGCUUUUAAUGAAUUAAUCAUUUGCCCAUAUUUUUUGAUUUAACAUACAUAUGGUGCUUUAACGUUGCUCAACGGAGAGAAAGUCCUCUCCCUUACAAAAGUCGCUUAUCGACAUCUGUUUGUCUGGUAAGUCUGAAAAUGACACCUUAUUCUGCAGUGAGGACGACCAGCCAAAGAUAAUCCGGAACAGCUUUGAACUGAUCCUUUCUGCAUCACCAUGCAUUGUAUCAUCAGAGUGAAGGUGAUUUUAGGUGAAAUCAUAGCUGGAACUAAAACCUGCCAGGAUAUAACUCUAUUUUACAACACCCUAAGUGUGAUAUGGACGAAUCUUACAAUUCUCAUUUUGUUUUCAAACAAUGACUUCAGAUUAUUACCUGAUUCACUUUUAUGUGGAGAGUCAACUAUUUCUCUAACUUAAAAAAAAAGACAACAUCAGGCCUCUAGAUUGAUAUGUGAAAGUCGUAAUAAAAAGCACCUUUUAUGUGGCAGUAUUUCUUCCCGAAUUCAGUAUGAACAUGUCAUCAAGUCAAACAAUCUCUCUAUCUUCUUCACAUGCACAGAGUCUCAGGGUUACUGGUUUUUUUCCCCUUUCUAUUCUAUUUUGUCUUUUCUUUUCUUUCUUUGGGCUGCGGCCCAAAGCCUUCCAAAUAUUUUUCAGACAACGAGCAAUAAAUAUAAGUUGUUUUGCCUGCCUUGUGUUUUGAGUGAAGAUAUUUUAAAUAAAACGAGUUGCAUUUUCUCACUC